GCAGUUGCUGUAUCGGUUGUCACUCUUGAAAUUAUAAUGGCGCGCGGAAACUCUCUUAUUGAUGACUUAAGGUUUUUAGUUAAUAAUCGUCAAUAUAGUGAUUUAGAAAUCAGGUGCAAGGACAAUUCAGUUCUCUAUGGUAACCGUGCAAUUCUUGCCGCUCGUUCCGAAAUGUUCGAUAAAAUACUUUUUACAGGAACAGAAGUUUCUGAAAAGCAAGUUUUGUUUUCAGAGAUUGAAAAAUCAUCUAUGAAAAUUGUUCUUGAAUAUUUGUAUACAGGCACAGUUUUAGAGAGAGACGUUACGGCCGAUAAUGCUUUUGAAAUUAUGCAUGCAGCAUGUUUCUUUAAAUUAGAAAAUCUUCAAGACCUGAUUUCAAAAUAUUAUAAAAAAAUAUGUGGGAAAGAGGAAUAUGGAAAUAAAUCACCCGAAUUAUUAUCCAGGGCAGUUCGGUUAAUGUCCCCCUCAGCUGAUAAUGGUGUCAUUGAUUAUUUAGUAGAUUUAGUGGCUAAAGUUCCUUUAGACUCUAUUGAAUUUAGUAGAUUGUCACUUCAAGGGUUGCAAUGCUUAUUAUCAAAGAGGGAUGAAAGGAGAAUGUUUAAAUCUAGCGAGUAUUCCGUUUUACGAUUUACAAUUCUGUCAGCUGCCAAAGAAGUAUCACAAGAAGCAUUUUCUAUAAUAGAAAAAAGAUUGCUACCAUGGAAUGAAAUAAAGGGAUCGUCGUUUAAAGAUAUUAAUGAUAAUGGUUUAAUGGAAAAAAAACCAAGCACAUCGAUUGUCGAUGCUAUAAAUCCAGUUAUAGAGCAUAUUGAUUUUAGAAGAAUUAAAGGAAAUAUUCUUGCAAAAAUAAUUGAGCCGUUAGGUAUUAUUCCGUAUAAUAAAAUUACGGAUUCAUAUCGAUUUCAAGCCU